CGGAGCUCAAACAGAAGAGAUCACUAAAAGAACGAAUGUAGAAAACUGUCAAAUCAUUAUUUGGAAGUUUACUCAAGAAAGCCUCCUUUACAAAUCCUUACAAAAUUAUACCAGUCCCACGCAGGCUAAACUGUUCUAUGAAAUCUACACUAAUUUCUACACCAGAGGAUAAAUUAACCAGAAAUGAUUAUUAAUUCACUUCUGCGUUCAAAAGUCUUGAAUUCGAUUAACCUAUCAAAAAGUAAUCCGAGGUUCGAUCGUAACUUCAGUAAAUGUCAUGUCUUAUUCAAAGAUAGGAAGAAAUCGAGGAAAAGUUGGUUUUGGCAAAAAGGAGAAAAUAAUGAUAACAAAAAAGAAGUAACAAUGGUCACACCGAAAAACUGUGCCGAUACACUCGAUCCUAUUUUGGAAGCUGAAUGUACAGUCGCAAUAAUUCUGGGUGGUUCGUCCGGUGCAGGAUACGCAGCAGCAGAUCAACUGUUAUCGAAAGGCGCACGCGCAACGAUAAUAGGCGAUAAUGAUGUACGAAGAGGUAAACUAGCUGCUGAUAAACUUUGCAUGGCGUACGGUAGGGAACGAGCAAUUUUUAAAAAGUGCGAUGCCACCAACGAGUGUCAGGUCGAUGGUAUCUUCUGCGACACAUUAUGUAAAUACAAAGCCGUUGAUAUCCUCUUGAGCGAUUUUGAUACGAUACCAGUCAAGUCGCAUCCUCAAAUAUCGUGUGAUAACUCAGCAACUAAUAAUUGGAAUAAUACCAUGACAGUGGUUCACACGGGCGUAAAACACAUUGGAAAAGAAAACGGUGGUCGAGGUGGUAUUAUCGUCAGCUGUGCAAGUAUUUUGGGUCUGGUCGGAUUCCCAGAGGCUCCUGAACCUGUAUAUUGUGGCCACGAACCCGUCGUGGAAACGAUGCGUUCUCUCGCAAAGGAAUAUCCUGUAAAGAAAACUGGAGUGAGAUUAGUGACAUUAUGCAUGUCGAAUAAGAGCUUCGCAAAUAUAGGAUUGCCCGAAUUCCCUCCAGAGGAAUUCAAAAAUUUAGAAAUAAAUAAAGAACUCUGUUAUCCGUCCGACGAUAAAUCCAGAGUGGGCAUUGCCUUGACUCAUGCAAUGGCCUGGGCAAGUAAUGGCAGCACGUGGUUAGUGGAGCCAGAACCGUGUUUACGAGAACAACCUGUUCUGUUGCAUUUCCCUGAGGAGAAGAAUCAAAGGAUAGAUACAAAAAUCUAUGACACAGUAACUUGUCCUGUAGCCACUGAGAAUCAUUGCGCCAAGAUCGUCGAGGAUAAAUGUCCACCACGAAAUCCAAAUUUAGACUGUAAAUUGAAGAAGGAAGUAAAAAAAUGAUAUCGUAUUUCCAGACGACCCAAUUGUGUUAUUUGGGGAGUGGACGUUUAAAUUAAUGGGCGAUAUUAUUAUUGAGAUCCUUUACUCAUUAAUAACUGUGUUACAAUUACAAACACGUAUAAUCUUCACGAAGAUCAAUAAAAGUUUUGUAAC